AUGUUGCAUUCAAUUCGCUCUGAUGUCUGCUGGGCAAACCCCUGCGAUUUUGUCCUGGGCCGAAGAAGUUGCGAGGAGCGCCCCCAAACCCGAGCUGAUACUGAUCGGUUCGAAACCCUGGUGGGCGACCAUUCAGGUCCAGUAUCUCAUCACAAACGAAAGAGGUCGACAUUCGAGGCCGAGGACUCAAUGACGCAAUCAGACCCUUCCAGGAGACCCUACCGAACUGCUUCUGAAAUAGGAUCCACAGUUUCCGUCCGUCUACCUGACGACAUUAUCUCUCUAUCCCCAUCCAGAUCGGUGAUUAGUCGGGGUGCUGGACGAUCACGUUCAUCGAGUCUAAUACGCGUCAAAGCCGAACUAGCCACCGCCAGCCCCCGGGUGGUAUAUAUACAUGAAUCUGCCGAUCCGCAAAACCUCGCUGCGAGUCAGCUACUAGCAACUCUAACACACGAUUCUGAGUUCGGUGAGAAUGAAGACGUUGCCCGGAGGAUCUCGAAUGCUUCGUGCCAAUGUGCUACUGAGCUACGCAGUAAAGGUUCGUGGGUGCAUAAGGUAGCACUACCACUAUUAGAGGGCGCUAUUGCAGAACUACCUUUGGAAUGUUGGAGCGUUCAAAUCGAGUCCGUUGACCCCCAGUAUCAACCUCGCUAUACAGCCCGCGAUACAUAUAACCGGAAAAUUGAGUUGGUUGUUGGCCUUCCUUUAGACGCUUGGGAAGAUGAGUAUGAAAUGGCGGGGCUCCGUACCCCAGGGAAGUAUUUCAACCAUAUGACCCAUCCCCACACCGGGAAACGUGUUCUGGGCCCCAGUGUAGAAAUUAAAGCCGCGGAUGGAAAUUUGGUAGAAGCGCAAGUCCAGAUUGGGGUAUGGAUGACAGGGCUCCUGAUGUGGGCUUUUGCACAGCGUAAGAGUGUGAAAGACUUGCCUCCACUUGUUGGUUGCACCGCUGUUGGGGAGGACUGGAAGUUCUAUAUUGCAACCGGAGUCGAAGGUUCUGGGGUCUUAAAAGAAGUACGCAUCUGGGGACCUUUGUCUGACCUAGAUGGCCGUACCACAAGUGUGAAACAUACGAAGUCUCUUCUUAGGACGCUUCGUCGAGUCAUGGAGUACACAAUCGGGCAGUACAAGGAUGAGAUUUUCCAAGCAAUUACUUCUGAAGCUUGA